GAAUAAUGGAAAUGAGUUUAGAUAGAAUGGAUGAAUGGAGAUGAAACCUACUGUAGAUUCCAUCAGGGUUGUCUUCAUGGAUUUUCAAAAACAUUCGACAGAGAUCACAGGCUAAUAAAUGUUUGUUUGUACACCAACGGUACUCCAUCUGGAUAUGUCUGGCAGUGUUGUACAGGUGGUGGAUACCUUGUAGGUCAGUUAAACAAGGCCGGUCAACUGACUGGUAGAGAUAUAUCCUUCAUAUAUCCAGACUUGGAUACUGGUAUUACAGGUAGAGAUACAGUGUUAGGCGAUUACAUCAAUAGAAUGAAGACGACUUUUUAAUUUAAGUUUUAAUUG